CCUGCCAGGUGGCCGCUCUUGCCGCCGCCCCGCCGCCGCCGGGCCAGCAGAGUGCUUCCCCAGCUUGGAAAGCGGGGCCGAGGCGCCGGCCGCCGGCAGGGCAGCCAUGGAGGCAGCGGCGCGGAGGCGGCAGCAUCCGGGAGUGGCGGGCGGCGCGAGCGCGCAGCCGGGCGCCUCCUUCCUGCAGGCCAGGCACAGCGCCACCAAGGCUGAUGAAGCUGCAGGCACAGCUCCCUUCCACCUUGACCUCUGGUUCUACUUCACCCUGCAGAACUGGGUUCUGGACUUUGGCCGCCCCAUUGCCAUGCUGGUGCUCCCUCUCGAAUGGUUUCCACUCAACAAACCCAGCGUGGGGGACUACUUCCACAUGGCCUACAACGUCAUCACGCCCUUCCUCCUGCUCAAGGUACAGUCCCGGGCUCCCUGCUCCACCUUCCCACCCUCAUCCCCUCCUCCUCAGGCAACAAGCUGGUACGUCCCCUUCUUCCUCAUCCUCUUCAUAUACUUCAGCGGUUGUUUCACUCCCGCCAAAGCUGAGAGUUCGAUGCCAGGGGCGGCCCUGCUCCUGGUGAUGCCCAGUGGCCUCUACUAUUGGUACCUGGUCACCGAGGGCCAGAUCUUCAUCCUCUUCAUCUUCACCUUCUUUGCCAUGCUGGCCCUUGUCCUGCACCAGAAGCGCAAGCACCUCUUCCUGGACAGCAACGGCCUCUUCCUCUUCUACUCCUUCGCCCUCACACUCCUGCUUGUGGCACUGUGGGUCGCCUGGCUGUGGAAUGACACGGUACUCAGGAAGAAGUACCCGGGUGUCAUCUACGUCCCUGAGCCCUGGGCCUUCUACACCCUGCACGUCAGCAGCCGACGCUGAGUCCCUGGCACCAGCCGCCGGUGCUCUGCCUGGCGGGAGAUGGGCCGCAGAGUGGCUGAGCGGGGAUGUGCGUGCAUGCGUGUGUGCAGACGCGUGUAUCCACCCGUGUGUGCGCUCUCCUGACAGCAGCCGGCCGGAUGCGCAUUGUGCACAUGGACAGGGGUGUGUGUACAUGCGCGCGCGUGCAGAGAGCGUCGUCGUAAGACGCGAUUGUUUGGCCCAAGUUUCUCUUCGGUUUGGAUCUUUCCGGGAUGGGAUAUAGUCGGAGGCCGUGUGUCCAGGCCGAGGUGUGGGCCUGCCUUCUCGUGCACCUGACUGGAGUGGGGCCCUCUCACUCACCGCUCAGGGCGGGUCUCUUCCUGCGGUGGCUUCUGGUGGGCCUGGCGGGUGGGGCAGCAGUGGUGAGGGGACUGGGCAUAUCACCCGCCACCUGGCUCACCCCUCAGGCCUGCCCUGACCCUGGAGGCCAGAUUACAAAGGUUAAGUUAACUUUCUGGGUAUUGUUGAGCAAAGCACAUCCCUCCUCUGGGCCUCAUUUGCACCAGCUGGGAGCAGGGCCCAAAGUGUGUCAGUGGGCUGGUUGUUGGGGCAGCCCUGGGAUGGACAGAUCGUUCUCUCGUCGCUGCCCUCUGCUACCCCGGGAAGGGUGUGCACGCCGCAGAUCCUCACCCAAACUCAGGUCACACGGAGUGUUGUGCUGCCCGACUCCCCUGAGCACCAUUUCCCCCUGCCAGAAGCUGUCUCCCUGCUCCCCGCCCCCCAUAACUGUGGCACCCCUUCCUGGCAGCCUGACCAGCAUGUCUGAGCUGAAGCUGAAGGCUGUGUUCUCAAACACUUGCAGUAUUCCCUGAGCCCCAUUAUAGGGCCAGGGGGCAUUUGGGGGAUGUUGGGAGUGGGGCGGAUCUGGAGGCUCUCCCCUGUAGGCCUUGUCUCAGCCUGAAUCUCAUGGCUUCUGCUCGUGGCCCUGCUCCCAGAAAAGGGAGGCUUCAUUCCCAUAGGACACCCCGGGCCCGCCUUCCCCCAGGCCUUGGGGCCACAUCUGCCCACCCAGCUGCCGGCACCAGUCUCAUUUCCCAGCCAGCACUGGCUGGGCGAGCUUGUGGGUCUCGGGGCCUGCCCUGCCUUCCCCGGGCCCUGCCUCCUCUCCUGUUUUCAGGGAGCCCCGUGCCUCAGAUGCUCCUUUCAUGUUGGGGUCCCUCUGCAGCCCCCUUACAGGGCCCCCAGCCCCGGUUCCAUGGGCAGAGAGAGGUGUGAAUAAAGACCAGUGUGGAGCCCA